AUGUCCAGAAAACUAGUCUGUGAAUACAGCGAUUUUGUUAAGCUAUUCCUUCAUUUGGUUGAACCGGGUGUUAAUGAGAAGACCAGUUGGAACUCCAUAUUGUGCGGAAAGAUAGCGGACAUCGAGCAAACACAUUACAGCUCACAUUCAAACCUUAUAUUUGAGUUUCGCUCCGAUUGGAGGAACGGUAAUAACACUGGCUUUAGGGGCACCUAUAGGUUCUUAGAUAAAAAAUUGUUUCAUACGGACGGAGAGCUGACUAAAGGCAGUCAAUGCGAUUACACGUUUGUCAGCUCCGCCACAACCAAUGGCACCGUCAGGUCCAGGGGUCGCUUCUAUAGUCUACAAUAUCCAUCGACAUACCCGAAAAAUAUCCAGUGCUCAUAYAGUUUUUUUGGUCAGGAUAAUGAAAGAGUGAAAAUUAUCCUGGAACAGGUUAGACUACAAAAAAGUGAUCUCAGUUGCAUCAGUAGUCCCGAUGUGAUCCUUGUCUACGAUGGCAACGAUACGAGUGCUCCAGUGAUCGGACAGUUAUGUAAUAUCAACAGUUAUGUUGAGUUGGUGUCCACCGGUCCUGGACUAUACAUAGAGUUCCUGAGCCGGAGUCAUAUGCCUGGACAGGGAUUUAAAGGCAAAUUCAUAUUCGACACAAUUGCCAACAGUGCCAAUGGUAACGGUUUGGACAUACCCUCAACUGCCAUUCCUUGUGACCACACGUUUGAUAGUCGAGUGUCGAAGAACGGCACGUUCACAUCGCCUAACUUUCCCGAUCCAUAUCCAGCCAACGUUCACUGCAGCUAUCAUUUCAAUGGUCAGGGAAAGGAAAGGAUUCAGAUCCUGUUCACCGACUUUGAUCUCUAUCGACCCGACGACACCAGUCGAGAUUGCGAUGCGGCCGACACUGUAAUGGUAUUCAUCACAAUCAAUGGCCAGAAGGAACGGGUGGACAACUUUUGCGGCAGUGAUUUGCCGCCUCAGCUCAUGUCUAACGGCCCGUCCCUUAAUGUCGAGUUCAAGAGUUUACAGACAACAGAGUGCACAACAGAGACGGCCAGCGAUUACGUAGAGUUUUCAAAUUAUAGGACAGUUGACCGCAAACUAAGUCGACACUGUGGUCUCAAACAGCCCAAAACGGUCGACUCUGAGGGAGACUUCUUUCGGGUGACGUUUAAAACCAAUGACAGAUUUGACGGAACCGGCUUUGAGGCCUUUUAUCAGUUUAGAAGCCAAGAAGAUCACAGAUUGCCAUUUCUUAAACCUAUUAUGUAUUGA